GUCAACACUGCUUCUGUCUGUAUGUGUGUGUGCCCGGUGGAUGUGAGGCGUGUGCACAGAGGUUCUCAUCAGUCGCACAUUUAUUUUGGUCCUCUCUGACGUCAAGAGCGCACACGUUUUCAUUCAACAGGCUAAGAAAGUAGUUAUUUAUAACCCGCAGCGUCUCCAGGUUGUGCUCCUUGAGUGCACGCAGAACAGGAAUCCAAUCCUCUGCGUCUGGAGGACAAAAGCCAGGUGCGCCCAUGUGCGUCCCGGUACCAAAGAGGUUCGGCGUUACCUGCCACCACCAACACAAACAGGACGCGUCGAUGGCGCACAAAUAAUCGGCGAAAAUACGCCGUGAACUUUCUGUUUUGAGCCAUCCCUUCUCUGCUGAUUUCUCCAUCGUGUGACAGGCUGUUUUGAGCAUGGGAAGCCUGUCCUCUGACCAGGGCUGCAAGCUGUAAAGUCCAAACACAGAAGAAAAGUUGGCGAUGGCGGAUAUCCUGGAGCUGCGCACUGAUGGGAAUUCUCUCCUGAAAGCGGUAUGGCUCCGCCGUCUAAGGCUCACCAGACUCCUCCUGGAGGGCGGCGCGUACAUCAACGAGAGCAAUGAACGUGGGGAGACGCCUCUCAUGGUGGCCUGCAUGUCCACGCACAGUGACCAGCAGAGUGUCAGCAAAUCCAAGCUGGUCAAGUAUCUGCUGGACAACCAGGCCGACCCUAAUAUACAAGACAAGGGAGGCAGGACCGCCUUGAUGCACGCCUGUAUUCAUGAGGCUGGACACGAGGUGGUGGACCACCUGCUGAGCAAUGGUGCUGAUCCUAGUUUGGAGGACAGGAGCGGGGCCUCUGCACUUGUGUACGCCAUCAACACGGAUGAAAAGCAGACACUAAAGCUUCUCUUGGAUGCUUGCAAAGCAAAAGGCAAGGAGGUGAUAAUCAUCACCACAGACAAGUCGGCGUCUGGCACCAAAACCACCAAACAAUACCUGAAUGUCCCUCCAUCUCCUGAGCUGGUUGACAGGUCCUCUCCAGUGUACUGCACCUCUCCUUCUGAUAUCGACGUGGCGGCAUCUCCCACGCUCAAGCAGGAGCAACAAAACACUGUUUUCAGCUUCCAGACCAAGCUGAAAACCUCCUGCUCAGCCAACAAACUGGCCAAUGGACCCACAUCUCCCACACGGCGGCCCACAAGCCACAAGCGAGCACGUUUACCUCAGCUGAAGCGCCUGCAGUCGGAACCGUGGGGGCUCAUUGCGCCCUCCGUGCUGGCUGAACGGGCGAACAGCCACGAAGAGACUAAGAAGGCCAGCUCGGAUGAAGAUGUGGUGGCAGGUGUGAACGGCUUGACGCUAAGCAAGAGGGCAGCUUUGUCUCGACAGAACAGCGUGGACGGCAAAGAUGGUGUUUUCCCGUUGGUGAUAGGCGAGCAAGCCAUCAAGAUGACCGCCUCGCUGUCGGUUCCCCCGACCUGUGAGAGAUCUCUGAGUCAGCACCAGCCUCUUGCGCGACGGAGCACCGUGCCCACCGAACAGGAGGGCAGCAACAGUGGGCACGCCAGUCUCAGAGACACCGUGCACAGGAGACGACUUGGGAACGACCAUUACGACUCUGACUCCCAGCUCUACUCUGACUCUAUCAUGGUGGACUCCCCCAAGGUCCCAUUGGAGCGAAGGAAACUGAACACCUCCCCUCUGGCCAUGCUGACCAGCUCCAGAGAGUCACUAGAUAGCAACACCAGCACAUCCUCUCCGAGCACCGCACGUCGGCGUGUACCGGGUCUGCUGGAGAGGAGAGGCUCUGGCACCUUGCUCCUUGAUCACAUCUCCCACACCAGGCCAGGCCAUCUUCCCCCUCUCAACGUCAACCCCAACCCUCCCAUCCCCGACAUUGGCGCCAGUAGCAAGCCUUCGUCGCCUCUGGCCAGCGGGAUUCGAUCCAUAGCGCCGGCAGCGCCAAACACACCAAAGAGAGGCGGGCUGAAGUGCAAGAAGAAGCUUGUGAGAAGACAUUCUAUGCAAGUGGAGCAAAUGAAGCAGCUUUCUGACUUCGAGGAGCUGGCUCAUUAGUGACUGGUGGUGUUUAUGCAGCAUAUUUUACGUUAACUGCCUAACAUUGUCAACAAUUACAUAGAUGUUGAUUCAAUUUCAAACUGAGCAAUAUAGAUAGAUGUCCUCUUUGUGUCGCUUCCCACCUUGAGGAUUAUUUUUGCCAUGUCUGCUUUAAAUGUAUUACACUUUUGAAUGUAAACGCCAAAUUGUGGUAAUAGAAGGAUCUCUCCUACAUGCUACCUCCCUCACAUUCCGCAAACAUUUUUCAUGACAUUAUAUCUUCUGAAAGAAAUUAAACUUGGAUAGACUAUAGAGUAGUCAGGGUACAGUUUGUAUAGCAGUAGUGGUUGACUAUCCGCUGAAAAUCAUUCAUCACGCAGCCGUUAUUGUCUAAAUAGCUGGUUACACGAGUGCGCGCCAAGAUAACUGUGUCUUGCCUACAGUCAAGCAUGGUGGUGGUAGCAUCAUUGUCUGGGGCUUCAUGAGUGCUGCCAGCACUGUGGAGCUGCACUUCAUUGAGGGAGACAGGAAUUUCAACAUGUAAUGAAGCAGAGCAUGAUCCUCUCCCAUGGAAAACUAGGCCGCAUGGCAGUCUUCCAACAUGAUAACAAGCCCCAAAACACCUCCAAGAUGAAAAGUGCCAUGAUGAGGAAGCUGAAGGAGUGGCCAAUUACGUCUCCUCCACACCUGAACCCAACUGAGCACCUGUGAGACAUUGUCAAGUGGAAGGAAGGAAAGUGGAGGAGCGAAAGGUGGCUAACAUCCGCCAGCUCCACCAGCGAUGUCAUCGUAAACAAGUGGAAGACACAAUUUGUGCAGCUGUGGUGAAUUCCAUGCCCAAAAGGACUAAGGCAGUACUAGAUAACAGUGGUGCUCACACUAAAUAUCAACUCUUCAGACACAAUUUGCACAUGUUCACUGUAAGGUGUACUCACCUGGAUUGUGAGCUAUUUAGUCAAUUAUUAUGGCUUUAUUAUGGUGCGGAUUCAUUUUCAGUGGAUAGUAAAUCUAUACUGCAAUGCAAGCUGCACAUUGACUAUUCUAAAGUACACUACCAGUAAAGCUUGAACACACUUUCCCAUUCAAUAGCAUGAGGAAGUGUGUCCAAACUUGUAGUGUAUAUCCAAGUUUAAUUUCUAUAGUAUUGUCCCUUGAGAAGAGAUAAUAAAUGGUUGCUGUAAUGUGAUGGCUGUACUCCCUUUUUUGAGAUAUUGUAGGGACCAUGCCGGGUCCAUUUGUAGCCAAGAGGCCAUUUGUGUGUACUUUGUGCAUUAUGUAAUUAGCACUAACGGCGGGCUCGCUUUGGGUGAGCUGACAUGUAGCGUUGACGUUGGAAGUUUGACUGUUUGUAGCAAAAUUGUGCAAAGUGCCUUCAAGAUUAAUGACAUUAAAAAAAAAGAGUGGACGCAUACAUUUGAUUUAUUAAAAAAUACAUUUAUUAACAAACAAGGAUGUAACCAAAAUGUUUCAUUUCAAUAUUGUUGGUGAGUGAGUGAAUAGUAUGCCUUAAAAACAGAUGAUGAUAAUGAGGAUGUGAAGAAAGAUCAAAAAGGGGGACAUAUGUUGUCAUUGUAACGAUUACACAAACUUUCACAGCACUUGUAAUAUAAAUGUCAUUUCGUGCUUAUGGCAAUCAAAAAGUAAGAUCAUACAGCUUCCAUGUUACUUCCCUGUGAAGCUUCUGUUUAAAGUAAAGAAAUACCUGACAUAGAUAAUCCAUAGUAUUUUUGCAAGUAGUUUGUUGUACAUUCAG